CAUAAAGAAAAAGCUGAGGGAGUAAUGGUGCUGGUGGUGAUGCUUUGAACAAAUAGCAGAGCAAUCAAUCUGCAGGGGAGGGAAGCUUUUGUCUGCCCUUCAUUCCUAUCAAACACCUUCCCUUCCCUUCCCUUCCCCUUGCUAUAUAUACCCACAUAAAUCUCCCACUUUCAGUUUCAAUACCCAGAAGCCUAUACUGUUGUUCUUAAUUUCACUCAAUUCAUUCUGGAAAAAUAAAACCAACAGCAGAAGCAGUGAUGGGAGGAGGAAGUACCAGAAGCUCAAAGCUGAAGAAGGUAGCCCGGAAAAUGGUGGUGGCAGCAUGUGGCUCUUUCUCCUCCUCUACCAUGUCUUCUUCUCCUCUUCCUCCUUCUACCAUUCAUUCUUCCUCUCUCAGUAUCUCAUCAGUUUGUCCAACAACAGCAGCCUCUUCAACUACAAAUAGUCCAGAGGAAUACGAUGAUCAAGACACCAUCAUCCACAACUUCAAGGGCAACAUUACCAGUAACGUGAAUUCUAAGCAGAGCAUGUGUGCAAUAUGCCUAGAAGCUUUGAACUACAGCAACGGGGACAGUCCAGGCCAAGCCAUAUUCACAGCUCAGUGCUCCCACGCCUUCCACUUCGCCUGCAUUUCCUCCAACGUCCGCCAUGGCAGCGUCACCUGCCCCAUCUGCCGGGCCCAUUGGACCCAACUCCCCCGCAAUCUCAACAACCCACCUUGUUGCCUUCCCUCCACCCAAAACGACCCGGUAUUUCAGAUCCUCGAUGAGUCCAUAGCCCAUUUCCGCGUCCACCGCCGGUCCUUCCUUCGCUCCGCCCGUUACGACGACGACGACCCAGUUGACCCGGACCACAUCCCCACCAUUUCCCGCCUUCAUUUCUCCCUGCAACAUCACUCACAGCUUCUACCAGGAACAUCAUCUUCGCAUUUCAACAGAAGAAUGACAGCGGCUAAUGCUACAGCUACUGCUUGUCUUUCAGUGAAACUGAUAAACCAACCAGCAACCGACUUGGUCCUCGUUGCUAGCCCCAAUGGUCCACAUUUACGUCUUCUCAAGCAGUCCAUGGCAUUGGUUGUCUUCUCUCUUCGACCGAUCGACCGUUUGUCCAUUGUGACGUACUCCUCCGCUGCAGCCAGAGUCUUCCCUCUGAGGCGAAUGACGUCAUACGGCAAAAGAACAGCACUUCAAGUCAUCGACCGGAUAUUCUACAUGGGGCAAGCUGAUCCAAGUGAAGGGCUGAAGAAGGGGAUCAAAGUGCUGGAAGAUCGUGCACACAAGAACCCACAUUGCGGCAUCUUGCAUCUUUCGGACACACCAACAAGAGCAUGUCAUGUUGUAGCUCUGCAUACUUCAUUUCCGGUCCAUCGGUUCCAUGUGGGAUUCGGGUUUGGUGCUUCGAAUGGGUUCGUGAUGCAUGAGUUUGAGGACUUCUUGGGGGGGAUACUUGGAGGUGUUAUAAGAGAUGUUCAGCUGAGAAUCGGUGGCGAUAGGAGCAAGAUCAUGAAGCUUGGUGACCUUGGAGGUGGUGAAGAGAGGCGGUUCCUGUUGGAUUUGGGAGAUUAUGGGGAGGUGAUCUCAGUGGAGUACAGCUACAAUGAGGGUGGGAUUGAUGAAUGUACAAGGACAGGCGAAGCUGUGGUGAGUUUAGGAGAGAAAAGUGAGACUCAUGGUAGUGACGUGGAAGCUUCUGAGAGGGAUGCGAGUAUGGUUAGUGGAAGGACUAGUAGUGUUGAGAGCUGGGAUUACCAUAAUCCGUACAUGGCUAGAAGAUGGGCUAAGCAUUUGCAUGGCUACAGAAUGUGAGAUGACAACCAGAAGUUCGAGACGUCUACGUCCAUUUAUGAGCACAACAAUUUCUGGAAGGCGUCUGAUAGGCGUGUCCAAACCAACCAAGCUGCAAGCUGCGCAGAAUACAAAAAUAGAAAAGUCUGUAUAAGGGUGUAUAAAAUGAUUCUAUAUGGACAUGGAACAACGCAUACAAUUAAUGGAAAUUUCAAUUCUUUUCUAUCUGAUUUUCUCAUCAGUGAUUCAACUUAGUUUCCCUGAAC